UUAGCGUCUUUGGUAAUGUUAGAAUAAUUUUUUUGUUUGUGUCGCAACAAGAUAUGAUUGGCAGAGUGGUAAACUAGACCCUUCCAUGAUGAAUCGAAAAGCAGAGAACUUAUUGCCUCACCUUGUUCAGGUGUCAAUAAACUUGGAUGCAAAUGGUGAAUGCCAAGAAUGUUCAGUGAAGUCAUUGAAUGAAUGGAAAAAAGCAUCAGAUUUCCCAGUGAUAAAUCAAGACUACUCAGGUGCCAAAAACACAUACAUUUAUGCAGCAACGACCUCUGGUUCAAGCCAAGCAUUGCCACAUUUCCCAUUCGACACAGUGCUGAAACUAAACACUUUGAACAAGUCCAUCCACACUUGGUCUGUUGGGAGCAGAAGGUUCAUUGGGGAGCCCAUUUUUGUCCCCAAAGGAACCCAAGAAGAAGAAGACAAUGGCUACAUUCUUGUGGUAGAGGUGAGCACAUUCAAUUUUAAAAAUCAAAUUUUUCAUGACAUGAAAUUAUCUGUCCUUAAAAUUUCUGUCCCCAAUACAUUUCAGUCAGUUGCACCAGAUUUUCGUAUUUGAGCAUUUUUACUAGAUUGUGUAGUUGAAGUGCAUUAGGGAGAAGGAAUAGAGAUUUUGAGACGAGAAGAUCCCAU